CCGCUAUAGAAUAAAAUAAAAUUAAAAAACUGUCAACUACAAUAAGAUUGAUAGUCUUGUGGCUCUGGUGAUAAACCAAUCCAUCCCAAAAGGAGCUGGCGGAGCAGUUUGUUUCCGGCAGCACCAGCCCCAACGAACCCGAAAGCAAUACAGAUUGUAACAACACAUUUUCUUUCCGGCAGUUUGUUCAUCAUGGCCGGUACGAUUACCCAUCACCUCAAUUUCACUUCAUCUUCCUUCCUCUCCUCUGGGCCAUCUUCCUUUCUUCCCACCAACCAACUCUCCAGUGCCAAAACCCGAUACCCAUUCCCCGCCGGCGGGAAACGCCUCACCGUUUCAGCUAAUUCAGCUCUCAAAGCUCUAAUCUUCGAUUGCGAUGGAGUGAUCCUCGAAUCCGAGGACCUUCACCGCCAAGCCUACAAUGACGCUUUUGCUUACUUCAAUGUCCGGUGCUCCCCGGACUCUCCUCAGCCUCUCAAUUGGGACGUCGGUUUCUAUGAUGUCCUCCAGAACCGCAUCGGGGGCGGCAAACCCAAAAUGAGAUGGUACUUUAAGGAGCAUGGAUGGCCGUCAUCAACAGUCCUUCCUACUCCUCCUGACGAUGACGACAGCCGAGCCAAGUUGAUUGACACUAUUCAGGACUGGAAAACUGAAAGGUACAAGGAAAUAAUCAAGUCUGGAACUGUGGAACCCAGGCCAGGAGUUUUGCGGUUGAUGGAUGAGGCCAAGGCUUCUGGGAAACUGCUAGCUGUUUGCUCAGCGGCAACUAAAAGUUCAGUUGUCAUGUGUCUUGAGAACCUCAUAGGCAUGGAGCGGUUUCAAGGUCUUGACUGCUUUCUUGCAGGUGAUGAUGUGAAGGAAAAGAAGCCUGAUCCAUCCAUCUAUUUGACAGCCCUCAAGAGGCUAGGUGUGUCCGAGAAAGACUGUUUGGUGGUGGAGGAUAGUGUCAUCGGUUUGCAGGCUGCAAAAGGUGCUGGAAUGUCCUGUAUAAUUACAUACACAAAUUCAACUGCAAAACAGGAUUUUAAAGAUGCCAUAGCAUUGUACCCUGAUUUAAGCAAUGUGAGGUUACAAGAUCUAGAGUUGUUGCUUCAGAAUGCAGUUGCUGCUAAGUAAAUAAUCACAUUCACCCCAUUGAAUAGAAUUGAUGAAAUUCUUGAGCUUGUAUGCAUGUAGCGCCCCUCAGCUAUGGUCACAACCGUAAUCGUUCAACACGAUGCUUGAUUAUAAUUUUUAUAGGAAUGAUGCUUCUCUUCGAAACUGAAGGCGGCAACAGUAUACGCACCCACCAGUUCUGCAUCUCUUUUUGUCAUUGAUUGAUAGCAUUCUUAGCGAUGCUAUUACAUGGCAUGAAUGUAAACAUGAUUUUUAUCAAGGAAUGAAUGCAAAUGUUAUAUGUGAGAUAUGACUAUUGUUUCUAA